UAGACACGGGCGGGUUUUGGCGGCGUAGCGCGCGGAAGGCGGAAGGUAUCACGCGGUGGGUCGGGCUGUCUAGUGUGGGGGACUAGGGUGCGCUGGGACCCGGGCUGCCUCUUCCCUUGGCGCACUGGCUGCGGUCUUUUCUUCCCAAACCCAUUACGCGCGUGAGCAGCCAGCCAAUGUGGAACAAUGGCACUGAGCCACUCUGUGAAGGAGCGGACCAUCUCUGAGAACAGCCUGAUCAUCCUGUUGCAGGGCCUCCAGGGCCAAAUAACCACUGUGGACCUUCGAGAUGAGAGCGUGGCCCGAGGACGCAUUGACAAUGUUGAUGCUUUCAUGAACAUCCGCCUGGCCAAUGUCACCUAUACUGACCGCUGGGGACAUCAGGUUGAAUUGGAUGACCUUUUUGUGACAGGUCGUAAUGUCCGAUACGUCCACAUCCCAGAUGGCGUGAACAUCACUGCUGCUAUCGAGCAGCAGCUGCAGAUCAUCCACCGUGUGCGCAACUUUGGUGGCAAGGGUCAAGGUCGUCGAGAGUUCCCCUCCAAAAGGCCAUGAGACUGUGUCCUCAUUAAAGUUCCAGCACCACCUCAGGGACCUCCAGUAUUCUGAGCCAACUCCCGGCCGUCCUUCCCCACCAGUGACCUGGUGUCUGACAGACAUGUCACAGCUGCCUUUAAUAGGGUUCCACUUUUCGGACAUACCCUGGAACCCAGAAUUCCUUCUGCCAGUAGCCUUGGGGUAGGUGACAGUCCCUCUUUUUUGAUCCUUUGUAUCUGGAAUCUCCAUUCACUAAUUGACCCCAUCCAUCAAGGAUUUGUCAACCUUGACAGUGAGGAUUACUGAGUGUUUGGAGUGAAUCACCUCUUACGUCCCAUUUCUCUUGGCAUUUGUUUCUUUUCUCAUAAAACCAAACUUGGAUACAUACA